AUGAACGAAUCUGCGGUGCACCCAGUCCUCCUUGCGAUCCGGCUUGUGCCCCUACCUGCCGUUUUGCUCUGGACACUCUUGACCCAAACCACUGCGGCACACAACCGGGACAAGACGGUGAAGAGGAUACUCGCUGACAAGUUUCUCCAGUACCUCCUCGCACGGCUUCCGGUGACUGUAACAGAGACAACGUUUGACGUGUACCACCGCUGGGCGCGGAAGUCGGGUAACCCCGUGGUGGUCGAUGAGCUCGGCGACGACGCGCGACUCCUAUGGCUGACAGAGAAGCGUCCGGGUGAGGACGUGUUGCUUGUUUUUCAUGGUGGCGCCUAUAUAUUGCCAGCGCCAGACUUUGCCCUAUCGUUCUGGCGCUAUAUCGGCGACCGCGUUAGCGAACAUGGCACAGGCAUGAGUGUCGUCAUGCUGAACUAUACACUGGCGCCUACACGGACUUUCCCAGCGCAGCUUAACCAGGCCCGCCUCGCCCUCGAGUUUCUCAUUAACUCGGGCUUGCACGCACAGCAGAUCCACGUAGCCGGCGACUCUGCCGGUGGAAACCUUGCGCUCCAGCUUAUGUCACACAUGCUACACCCCCACCCCGAUGUUCCGCGUCUGCAGCUCCCUCCCAACCAGACACUUGGCGGGCUCUACCUAUUGUCUCCGUCCACAGCGCUUGGCACGGCCCGGCCCUCCUGGAAAAGCAAUGCGCCGUAUGAUUACAUGCCCGUUUCCAAAGUACCCGCCGACGAUGGUGCAACAAUCCGUGCCACGCUUGGCGUUCCGCCGGAGUACAUCCCCUUUGCCGAACCGUCACGCGUUCCAGACGACUGGUUCAACGGUCUGGAAGCGCUCGUCGACUACGCGCUCGUCACGGCCGGCUCACACGAGGUUAUGCGCGACGAUAUCGUCUUCUUCGCCGAUGUUCUGAAGAAACAGUCCAAGCUCGAGGUCGAGAUGUUUGUCCAGAGCGGCGGUGUGCAUGUUGAUAUGGCGCUGGACUUCCUGGUCAGGGAGACUAGACGGGAACGCCUAUCGUCAGUAACGGCGCUUUUUAUCGAACGACUGGCAACCCGGGUAAACGCUAGCCUCUAG